AUGCAGGAAGGGCACCUGACUCUGGAUGAUGAGCUCUCCAAGCACAUCCCGGCAUUCGAGAACCCCAAGGUUCUUGCCGAACGAUCCGACGGUAUGCCAGACUUCAGCAGGCUGGUGCCAAGCAGGCGGCCCAUCACCAUCCGGCACCUGCUAACCCACACCUCCGGGAUCUCCUGCGGCCUGGCCCCAGUGCUCGACGGACCUAGGAUCAGGAGUGCCCGCGAACGAGCGUGGGCCAACAUUUACACGCCCCUCGUAGACCGUGUGGAUCGCAAUGAAUUCAAGUGUCUGGCUGAUUGGGUGCAGGAACUGGCCAACGUCCCGCUGGUCAGUCAUCCAGGCCAGCACUAUGGCUAUGGCUACAGCUACGAUGUGCUCGGACAUUUGAUUGAGCUGAAAUCCGGCAAGCAGCUGGAGACCUACCUGCGCGACCACAUCUUGGGGCCCUUGGGCAUGAGCGACACCGGCUUCAGCUUGACAACUUCCAAAGCUCGGAGGCUCAGCGUGCUGUACAGGUACACAAAGUCCUCGCGCUGGGGGGGAACUGGAACAAACUUUCGGCUGGUCCGCGUCGACCCUCCAAAGCGAGGCAUGAAAAGUCGCUGGCUGGGCCGUUGUUGCCUACCGUCAGCUGGUGGAGGUCUCUCCAGCCUGGAAGGGGGCUUGUUGAGCACGCUGGACGACUACGCUAAGUUUCUGCUGGCAGUCAUCCACGGCGGGCAGCACCCCAUCUCAGGAGUGCGAAUCCUGAGCAAAGCGUCCGCUGAGUUGAUGAUGACAGACCUCAUCGACCAGCUCCGCUCACCCGGCGGCCGCGGUCCCCCAAGCAGUGCCCGGCCCUACGACAGCCUUGGGCUUGGCCUGAGCUGCAUUGGGGAAGUGCAGCGUCGGGGUGCGCCCAAGGACCAAUGGUUCGACGGGGUGGAGGGGGUCCGGCAGUGGGGCGGCGCGGCAAGCUGUGCGUUUAAGUACGAUCCCAAUCAUGGGCGCCCCAUCUUGGCCAUGCUGAUGACACAGGCGCUCCCCCAGGACGAUGGGGCCACGAUCACCCACUUUGUCCGCGGCAUCCGCCAGGUGAUGCAGGCGGAGACAGAAACUGCCUAG